AUGACUGAAUUCACAUCUUCUUUGAGAAGCAUUUUCUUCAAUGUCUGGAGAGAGAAGCGAAUCUUUGCCAUCUCUUUCGGCAUAGCCUUAGCGCAGUUCCAGUAUGGGUUCGACUCUUCUGCCGUUUCAGGCUUCCAGAGCAUGGUUGGGUUUCUGAAGAUCUUUGGUUAUGAAGAUCCAACCGAAUCGAUCGGAUACAACAUCCGGACCACUCCGCAUACCCUCAUCCAGAGUCUGAUGCAGGUUGGCGGGCUGCUGGCUUCCAUCUUUAUCUUCACAUUGGGCUCGGGCAUCAGUCGCCGCCUCGGCCUGUGGAUUGCCUCGGCAUUCAGUUUGAUUGCUGUCUCUGUUCAGAUUGGCACCACAAGCUUUGCAGGCCUGUACCUAGGCCGCUUGCUUUUAGGUGUAUCCAACGGUUUUUACCUCACUUACUCUGUGACAUAUAUGGGCGAGAUAGCUCCGGUAUCCAUCCGUGGCGCACUCAUCGGCCUAGUAACAUUCCAAACGUCUUUCGGCGCCCUCGUGGGCGUCCUUGUGGAUAACUAUACCGAGACUUAUUUUAAUCGGCUGUCAUAUCAAGUACCUUUGGCCGUCAUGUUCGCCAUUCCGGCGAUGCUAUCGGCUGCCCUGAUAUUCCUUUGCGACACCCCCAGAUACUACGUUUCGAUCGAUCGUGAAGAUCUGGCUUCAGCCUCCAUCCGACAAAUACGUGGUAUUAAGGAUGAGUCCCAACUUCGAAAUGAGGUUAGGGAAAUUCAUGCUGAAUGGACUGCCGAGCGUGAACUACACCAGAACGUACAUUUCAGGGACGCCUUCCGGGGUUCCGAUCUUCGACGGACGAUGAUCACAAUCGGUACGGGCAUCGCCCAAACAGCUACGGGAAUCAUCUUCAUGGCCGCCUUUUCGGUUUACUUCUUCGUUCAGGCCAAUAUUGGAGAACCAUUCAAGUGGGUGAUGAUCAGCCUUGCUAUCGCAAUCACAGGCAACCUAGCAGCCUUUCCGGCCAUGCGAUGGAUAAACUUUCGUCCCAUGUUGGUCAUUGGCUCACUUGUGAGCGGAGCUUCCAUGCUGGGCAUGGGAAUUGUUUACACUGUGUCGCCCGUUGGUUCUCCCGAAGCCGGAAAGGCCCUCGUCGGCCUCAGCAUUCUCUUCACUUGGGUCUACGGUUUUGCCCAGGGCCCCGUGCUGUGGGCCAUACAAACAGAAAUCCCGGCGCAGCGAUUGCGCUCGCAGACGGUUGGCUUAGCGCAAGGCUGUAAUUUCAUAUUCGCAUGGCUUUGCACGUACUGUACGCCUUACUUUGUCAACCCGGAUUCUCUGGGUUGGGGGCCGAAAUACUGCUACAUCUGGGCUGGCAGUAACUUCAUACUCGCCAUUUGGGUGUUCCUGUUUGUACCUGAGACCCGUGGUAGAAGUAUCAGACAGAUUGAUGAGAUUUUCUCGAGCAAGAUCUCGGCCUUGAAGAGUUCAAGGUCUAUUUCGGCAAAUGGCCUUUCCAAUAGGGAUGGCAUGAUCAGGGCAGAACUGGGAAAGGAAAGUGAUGUUGUUCAACUUGAGCAUGUGACCGAAAGAUGA